AUGUGUGUGUGUGUGCGGUCACACGCGUAUCGUCUUUGUAACGAUGGCACCAAAAUUUCGUGACGUAGAUCAAACGACACCCCUGCUACUGGACUGCAAUAAUAACAACGGCCGAAGCGGCGAAGACGCACGGCGGAUCGGCAAUGGAAACAUUGCCCACAUCAGCAACGAGAUCGAGCGGAAUGGCAAACCUUCGCCGCUGGACGCCCGGUACGGCACGAUGCUGGUAGACCCGGUGGACGGACGGAAUUUGGAACAUCCCACCACCAACCUGGACACGCUGAUGCACAUGCUGAAUGGGAACCUCGGCACAGGCAUCCUGGCGAUGCCGGAUGCGUUCAAGAAUGCUGGCCUGUACGUGGGGUUCUUCGGUACGCUAGCGAUGGGUGUCAUUUGUACGCACUGUAUGCACCUCCUGGUGCGCUGCUCGCACGAUCUCUGCCGACGGUACGGGCGGCCCUCGCUCUCGUACGCCGAGGUCGGCUACUAUGCGCUUGAUUCCGGACCAACCUGGUGCCAACCGCUUGCCGCCAGCUUCCGCCGUCUAAUCAACACCUUCCUGAUCGUAAUGCAGCUCGGUCUCUGCUGCGUGUACUACCUGUUCGUGGCGGUUAAUCUACGCGAACUGCUCGAAUACCUUGGCGUGCAGGUGCCCGUACUGACCGUGCUGGGCUAUCUGCUCAUACCGCUCACACUGAUGAACAUGGUGCGUAGCUUAAAGCUACUUACCCCAACGUCACUGAUUGCCUCCGUGCUAGCGAUUGCCGGGCUGGCGAUCGCGUUCCUCUUUCUGCUGCAGGAUCUGCCGCACAGUGCAUCCGUGCGGCCGGUUUCGUCCUGGUCGACGUUACCGCUCUACUUCGGCACGGUCAUGUACGCGUUCGAGGGCAUCGGCGUAGUGCUGCCGCUCGAGAACAACAUGGCGAACCCGCGCGACUUCAUCACCUGGAACGGUAUACUAAACACCGGCAUGACCAUCGUGGUGUGUCUGUACUCGGCCGUCGGGUUCUACGGCUACCUCAAGUACGGCGAACAUGCACAGGGUAGCGUCACACUCAACCUGCCCAACGACAAUCUACUCGCACAAAUAGUACGCUUGCUGAUGGCCAUCGCCGUACUCGCCUCGUACGCGCUACAGUUCUACGUCCCGAUGACGAUCCUAGCACCGGCCGUAACCAAACACUUCCGUCAUCGGCACUGUGCCGAAUACGCACUGCGGCUCGCCACCGUCCUGCUAACGUUCGUGCUUGCCGCCAUCAUUCCGAACCUGGGGACCUUCAUCUCGCUCGUCGGUGCCGUCUCCACCUCGACGCUGGCGCUCGUCUUUCCGCCCCUGAUCGAUCUGUUCACGCUGUGGCCGGCCGGGGAUCGGCCCGGUCGGCGCUGGAUCGUGCUGAAGGAUGCGCUGAUCAUUGCGUUCGGUGCGUGCGGGUUCUUCUUCGGCACCGCCAAAAGCCUCACGACCAUUUUCGGCACAUCCGCGACAGAUCCGGGCGGGAUGCACUAAACGGGCGUUCGGUGCCGUAAUCGCCCAAACCGAUUGAAGCUGUAUGAUGGUUUGCCUGCUCUCGCUUUUAAGCAUGAUGCUACACCGCAAUACGGCUGCCAACGCGUCCGGGGCAACAAAAACAACAAAACCGGCUCCAAUUGGCAAAGGGUCGACGGUAGUCGGAUCGCUAUACAUGUUGUUGUCCCGCAGAUCGCAUUCUUCCAAAACCCGUCCUUUAGUCACGCACGCGAGAACAUACGCGCAGUUUUGCAAGAGGCUGGAUGUGUAUGUGGCGUGUUGCGCCGCUCAGUGCGAUAUCGACGAAUCAGCGCAGAUGGUUAUUACAUCGAUGGUUCGAUGCAAGUGAAGCAGCAGUAUGCGUGUGGAUGCGCUGACAGCUAUAUAAGAGCACACACCCCUCGGACAGUACGCCCGGUUAGAAGCGUUAUAUAGAUAGAUAUAUAUAGGUAGAUAGGUAUUGCUUUUAGUACUAACAAAUGUCCCUCAAUGGGUGUAUAUUUAUCAUCGCGAAGGGACCUGAAUGUUAAUCGUAUGUAAUAAUGCUAAUGUCUCUGGAGAGGGCACCCUCCCUCCGUCUUCAAUCUCGCCCUUAGACGGAACCUAAACGGUGCGUCAUAGCGGCAGCAAAAGCCGGAGACAAUGGAGCAUGUAGCAAUGGGUAUGUUGAACAGAAACGCCGAAGAAUGUCUAGCUAAAGUGGCGCGGACUUGGAUUGGAUGUAGUGAGGAAAUAUAGAAAUAAAAGAGUGUGUAUCUCUCUCUCUCUCUCUCUCUCUCUCUCUC